AUGACAUCCGCACAAGAAACCAGCCCCCUGCUGCAAAACCAGCACGGCACCUCCAACGCUACCACUCCUACCAGUGGAACCUCAGCCUCGCACCAGCGCCACCAAGAGACAAAGGGCCUGCUCUACAUGACCCUCUCCGCCCUCUUCUUCUCCUUCAUGUCCCUCCUCGUCUCCCUCACCGCCAAAACCCUCCCUUCCUUUGAAAUCGUCCUCUUCCGUGGUAUCAUCCAAACCCUCCUCGGCGUCAUCGCCUGUCGUUACCUCGGUAUCUCACCCCUCGGUCAACCUGAUAACCGGAUCCGGUUCUUGUUAUUCUGUAGAGGGCUUGCGGGAUCGUUUGGGUUGGGAUUCUUUUUCUAUGCACUCAGCGUCAUGCCGUUGGCGGAUGCGACGGUGAUUUUCUUUUUUGGGCCUACGUUUACGGCGAUCUUGGGGAGAAUUGUGUUGAAGGAGCCCUUUGGACCCCUGGAUGCUACUGCCUCGGCGAUCACCAUGUGUGGAGUCGUCCUGGUCUCGAAACCUACAUUCUUAUUCCCUCCUCCCUCUCCACCAGCUCCUGGUCCUGGUGAAAGUGGCCAAGAUAUGAUUGCGGCGUUCUUUGUCAAGCAGCAGGAGGAGGAUCAUCGCCGUCUGUUUGGAACUCUUGCAGGCCUUUGCGGAGCCAUGUGUUCUGCUGUUAUCGGAAAGCAGGGUGCCCACUCGAUGCAGCACGUUACAUACUUUGGCGUCGUCUCCUGUUUCGUUAGCUUGAUCGGUCUCUUCACUCUCCAGGGCGGGUAUGUGGCCCCCCAGGGUACAUGGAUGUGGUCGGGCGUCGUUGCCCUCGGUGUCUCUGCCUUCUUUGGUCAAGUCCUUCUCAACUCUGGCCUUCAAUUGGCACCCUUGGGUCCCGGAACGCUGAUGCGGAUGAACGACAUCGUGUUCGCAUUCAUAUUCCAGAUCACCGUCCAGCACGAACACCCCGACCUCUUCUCCUUCCUCGGUGCUUCCCUCGUCAUGAUCUGUACCGGAUCCAUGGGUCUCAACAAGUGGCGCAUCGAAAAGAAGAGGGUUCAACAGGAGAAGGAACAGCAAGAUCAAGAUCAACAACAGCAGCAGCCUUAA